CAUAAACACUGGUCUGGUUAUUAUCGAAGGUGUUCGGUAUAAAUUUACUUCCUUGUUUUGAUCCUAAUGUGCCGCCAUCAUGCUGCAAAUAUGUUUGAUAAUAUUUUCGUUGCAGUUAUGCACAGCCUAUGAAAACAUUGCCCUCAGAAAACCAACAUGGCAACUCCAUCCAUAUAACAUAUCUAACCCCAUAUUCGAUGCAAGUAAUGCUGUAGAUGGACUCAAAUCUGACCUUGGAGUCUGGGGAGGACAGUGUGCCAUAUCGAACUAUACUCAACAUAUAGCCACAUGGAGAGUGGACCUACAGGACAUCCUCAGUAUACGCCACAUUACCAUUUAUUACAGAACGGAAAAUGCUGCAUGGGGUUCAACGAACGCCUUUACUGGACGAUUUUUGGGGUUUUCAUUAUACGUAUCAAACACAACCGACAGAACACGGGGAAAAUUGUGUUUCCAUGACACGAGCUACACAACCACCACAAUACCUGCCGUCCUCAACGUCACCUGUCCAGUUCAUGGACAAUACGUCAUCUACUACAACGAAAGACUACCAGGAGUGACCUACCCUAGUGGAUACGAUCAAUAUGCAUUUAAUGAACUCUGUGAAGUAGAGGUUUACGGUUGUCCUGUACCCGGUUACUUCGGACCUGACUGUUCUUUCCCUUAUCCUGAUACUAACUGUCGAUACUGUCACAUAGAGACUGGGGCCUGUCAGGGAUGUAAACUCGGAUACCAGGGACAUCAGUGUGAACUACCGUGCAGUCAUCAGUAUUACGGAGAACUAUGUAAGAAGACCUGUGGUAACUGUAGUGACGGGGUGACGUGUAACAAUGUAGACGGGACAUGUACAAACGGAUGUGAGGUCGGUGUCUACGGAGACAAAUGCAAAACACCGUGCCCUAUUGGUUGGCAAGGGAAGAACUGUUCUCGAACGUGCACUAAUUGUGACAGAUGUGAGAGAUUUACAGGACAAUGUACAUCUCCUUGUUAUCCUGGCUGGAAAGGGACACAUUGUACUGAGGAAUGUGACGGGAGGAAAUACGGAGUGAGCUGUAUAUAUAACUGUGGAACAUGUCUACAUAACAAACAAUGUCACCAUAUAAACGGAUCAUGUCUUCAGGGAUGUGAUGCCGGAUUUGAAGGAAACCUUUGUAAAACUACUUGUUCGGUUGGUUAUUAUGGGGGUAAUUGCCCAGGGAAAUGUAGCGUUAACUGUGGAGUCCCCGGAAGGUGUAACAAAACAACUGGACAAUGUGAGGGAGGCUGCCAACCAGGGUGGAGAGGAAUUUUGUGUGACACAAAGUGUGAUGAUAACCAGUACGGACCAGGCUGUAACCAAACAUGCGGAAAAUGUCGGGAGGGUAAGCAGUGUCACCACAUCAGUGGUUCCUGUAAUAACGAAUGCGGACCUGGAUAUCAGGGAGACAAAUGUGAUGAGGUCUGCGAGUUUGGACAUUUUGGUGCUGGUUGUAAAGAAGAAUGUAGUGUAUUUUGUCAGAAAUCACGUGAUUGCCACCAUGUGACGGGCUAUUGCACGAAUGGUUGCAAAACUGGAUGGCAUGGGAAGGAUUGUUUAGAAGUUGAAAGUCAAGAGCAGGAAACGGACACACGAUUUUAUACAGUCCUUGGUGUGUUAUGUCUUACAUUGGUUCUCAAUGGAGUGUAUGUCGUUUACAGAAUCGUAAAAUGGAACAAGACGAAAUUGGACGAAGGAAAGAAAUAUCAUCCGAGUGAUUCUACGACUUUCACCAAAGACGCUGUACUAAAAAUCCAAGACGAUGGGAAUGUGAACAGUGGAUAUCAGGAACUGACAGAACUGAGUCAACCUUCAACCUAUGACUCCAUUCAUUAAAAGGAAAUCAUAUAUGUCGGUUUUCACUUAGCCGUGGGUUUCAAUUCAUUGACAUGUUUGAAAAUUUGUUAUAUUUUAUGCAUCCUCCAUUUUACAACAUGACGUAUGCAUUUUUUU